UCGUGUUGAAAGACGUAUGGCGCCAUUAAGCAGGGCCCUGAGUGGCAUUAUUCUACCGCACAAUUACUAUGGCGAUCAUUUAGACGCAAGAAAAGUAACAAUCGACGAAGACCUAGAAAAGAAAAAUUUUUCUAAAGCUGGUGAAGUACUUGGAGAAAUAUGGUCUCAAAUGGUAAUUGAUAAUUACCCAGUCACUGCCAAAUUUAUUUCUGACGAUGAAAUAUUAGAGCCCGUUCUUGAAACGAAUUGGGCUUGGCAUAAAGAGCACGUUUGCGAGUCUCAAUACUUUUUACAGAUUGUAAAGUGUGAUGACCGAAACUGUUGCUCCGAUUUCAAAAGCGAUAUUAAUAUAAUAUUAAAGGAUCGUUUUCUUUCUCCGCCCCUAUUGCUAAAAAGACAGAAAGAUGGACGUCUCACUUUAGCCGACCCAACAACAGAUACGAAAGAGACUUUUUCCUUCCUCUCUUCCAAAGGUUGUCCAUACAAAUAUCGUGCGACGAUCCGAACUUUUGUGAAUUACCUUAUGAUUACCACUGUCUUAGUGUGAGAGAUAGUUUAAUGGAUAGAACAUGUUCAUUCUGUGACAUCUAUUUCGCUACCAUGAAAAAUGCAGUCAACCAUCGCAAAAUCAUUCAUCCUAAGUGUCCGGGGAAAAUAAUCAAUAAAAAAAUUAAAGCACAAGUUAUUACGCAACGUGAAAAUGAGGCUUUGUGCAUUAUAAAUGUAGACGAUCAUCAAGAUGCCGAAUGGUGUGAUAUUGAGCAGUUUAUCGCAAUGGAUGUAACUGUAAAUAAUCAAGAGCCUGUACCGGUACAAGAUUUACCAGUUAUUAAAAACAUAAAA